AUUUUAUUUCACUUUUGGGUUCGGAUCACUACCUAGGCAUGUGGUUAUUGUGUCAAUGUAAGGCCAACCGAAAGAAGGCACACAUGCAUCCAAGGGGUAUGUUGGUCAAUUUACCAUCCUGUCUCUGGGAGUGCAACCAGGUAGACAUGAGGUUUACUUUCCUACUAUAAAUUUCAGCCUCAUUAAAUGUAGGAAAAUAAUAAAACGUCGAAAGUGAUCCGUAAUUUUGGCCAUCCACCGUCUGACUGGAACACCGGAUCGUCCAUCACAGGUUUUUUCACAGGAAAUAUCCACUCGUACUCGAUCGACUUACAUAGUUACAUUACACCAGAGCCAGAGUGAACAUCUUCUGAAAUCUGAACCUCCCAAACGGGAAGAAGUAGAUUCUUGGCCAAAUGUAAUCUCUCCCACUCACACAAGAUAACUGCACCCAUAACUUAUCGGUUUACAGUUGAAUUUAAGAACUUCCCCAUUGUUUGUGAUAUUGAUUCUGGUUCGUCUUGAAUAUUUGCUGGAUGAAGAGCGAAUGAUGUUCAGAGUAGAACAGUUUCUUGCUUCCUCUGCUAGACUGGUCUCAAUACCCCCAGUGACUCGAUGGAAACCCCUUUGGAGCAGUAGGUUUUCCUUCUCGUCAAUUGUUGCUCAGUCAACAUCGUCAAAAGCCGCUGAGCCCCAAAUGGGUAAGAUCAAAUUCUGCCAGUGGUGUGGUGGCCCUAUGAAGCAUGCUGUUCCUGAUGGAGAUGAAAGGGUGAGAGCUAUUUGCACAAUUUGCAGCAAAAUUGCCUAUCAGAAUCCAAAAAUGGCUAAAACUCCUAAUGAUGAAGAAUGUUGGGCUUCUCUCCUUGAAAAAGGGACGCUUCCUGCUGGCUUCAUGGAAAUUGGGGAGUCUGCUGCAGAAGGAGCAAUGAGAGAAACUCGGGAAGAAGCAGGUGCAAAGGUGGAAAUAAUAUCACAUUUUGCUCAUCUGGAUAUUCCUCGUAUUGGCCAAAGUUACAUCAUUUUUAGGGCGAGGUUGGAGAAGCCCGAGUUUUCACCUGGUGCUGAGUCAAUGGAGUGCCAGCUUUUUAAACUGGAAGAUAUACCAUUUGAUUCUCUGGCUUUUUCAUCAAUGUUGGUUACAUUGAACUUGUAUGUUCAAGAUAUCAAGUCGGGAAACCUCAAGUUUCACUUUGGCAUCAUAAACAAGAGAGAAGGCACUGGUCCCUUGGAUAUUCAUGCCUACACUCUUGAUUCCCAUUUGACAUCUGAUGAUUCCCUUUGCCAUUCUUUCUUUGUGAAGUAUGAAACAUAGGGAGAAGAAUUGCAGAUGUGAUGCUUAAAGUUAGCAUUGGAAUUCUUCUUCAUACUUCUGUGGAAAAGAGAGGGAACUGAUGGCACUACACAGUUGAUGAACAAGGUCAACAAAUAGUGAGAAUAUCAGGAUAGGGCCAUGGAUAGAUGAUUGUAAGGGUGUUCUGAUGUUUUCCCUGUUGAUUGCAGAUAAAUUUGUUACUGUUAUUCAGUUACUUUGUACAUUGCACUGCUAAUUUUUUGAAUGAAUGAAAAGAAAAAUUGUACUUUUCAUUUUCUA